AGACUGCUCAAGUUCCUCAUUCUCAGGAAAAGUAACUCGACGUGUCGUUAAGAAGAAUCUACUAGUAUCUCGACUGAUGCUAUGCUCUCAAUUAUUAUUUUAGUUGAGAGAUAUGUAAUAUCGACCAACUCUCUAUCAGGCUUUGACUUUCUAACCUAAAUUGUGAAUUGGGUAUUAUGAUGGCUAACUAUCAUAAUGAACUAAAAAAUCAGGAAGGAAAUCUAGAAUAUGGUCUCCUGUUGGUCUCAUCAAUCGACACGAUAAUUCAACGUUGCUUUCUUCGCUAACCAGACCCUACGUAGACCAUUUGCAGAUCCUAAUGUUUCUAUCUCAGGCCCGAAUGUGAUAUGGGAGCACACCAUUCUCCCUGAACUGCAGCCAUAUGAAAAUUUCUUUGAGGGUGAAAGCCCUAUAAUUGGCACUGAUGGCCUCGGAGAGUGGUGGAACGGCAUGAAACAGUGGGCAGAUGAAUCAUUCCAGCUCAAUUGGCUCGAUGAUGCUAUGCUACAAGACAUCAAUAUUGAAACACUGGCUGCUGGUGGCGUUCGAUUCUGUUGCUAUGGCAUGAUACCAAACGCUGUUGUUAAGCUUGUGGGAAAUAUGCCAGAGAUUGCUAAUAAAAUCGACCCAGCGCAAGAAUAUCAAUCUUUCGACGUAUCAAAAUACGCAAAUUAUUUCAUGUUAAAAUUUCCGGAUGGUAGCAUCUUUGCUCAAGUGAGUGAACUAGUCUCUCGAGGCCUCACUGACUUGCAGGAAUAUAAGUCGGUCGAGAUUAGGGCUUUUGCCGAGACAAAUCGGAUUCGUCAGGUAUGCUCACGAGCCAAGAGGCCAAAUGAAGCGACUCUGAAAGUUGAGAUCAACAUAUACGGCGCAGUCAACGAUGCGAAACCUAUUGGAAACAGACUGAGCUCUGCGAAGGUGUUCCUCCAAGACCCAGACCAUGGUAUCCAAGAUGUUGAAUAUCGGAAUCCGCACGUCAUACAGUUUCCUGGCAUUGAAGAGCCCCCGCCCCGUAACACUAGGGAAGGGUUUCUUGCGGACCCGUCAAAGACCAAAACUACCGCUAAUGACACAGAGGAGGAUUUCGGAUUUACAAUUUCAACCGUAUAUCAUUCUCUAACGCGGUUCCGGAACCUAGAGAGGACCCGAGGCAGACAUAUUACUACCCAGUUACUACCUCAUCAAGAGAUGGCGCUCUCUUUUAUGAUGCAGAGGGAGUUUGGCCCAAUUUCGCCUGAGUUCAGCUUUUGGACUCUUGAGAAAAACAUUAUAACACCAUUAUAUCGUCACAAGUUAACGCAUGCUGAAUUGGCCGAACUCCCCGACGAGUUGGGUGGUGGCAUUCUCGCAGAUGAUAUGGGGAUGGGGAAGUCGUUGAGCACUCUAGCACUUAUCACUACAACGCUCGAGCAGGCUCAAUCAUGGUCCCAAGAGACGCCAGGCUCACCUAGAGACGUCCGCACUAGAGCCACUCUUGUUAUUGUCCCUUCUACCCUUAUCAUGAACUCAUGGCUCAAAGAAGUUCAAACGCAUGUGGACAAAUCCAUCAGCAUUGCCAAGUAUUACGGAAAAGGCAGAAACAACGAUAUCAACGACUAUUUGAACUAUGACAUCGUGUUUACCACUUACCAUACCAUUGCUUACAGCAUGAACCAGAAUAAUGGCAUCGUAUUCCAUAUCUCAUGGUUCAGAGUCGUACUUGAUGAAGCCCACAUGAUCCGCCGACGGGAGACGACGUUAUACCAAGCAGCCAGUCAGCUUUCUGCAAAGUUUCGGUGGUGCCUAACAGGAACUCCAAUUCAGAACCACCUUGAGGAUGUCGGGUCACUCCUAGCAUUCCUUCGUGUCAGUGAGCUUGAGAAUAGGGCCGUAUUUAGGAACAACGUCAUACUACCAUUCACCGAUGGUAUUGCCUCAGCCGCCAAGAAUUUGGCCUUUCUCCUCGACUGCGUAUGCCUUAGGAGAACUCAGGACCUCCUACACUUGCCUAAUAUAACGGAGAGGUACCAUUACAUUACUUUGAAUGAACAAGAAAGACAACAAUACGAUGAUACACUUGAAAACAUGGCCAACUUCAUCAGGGAGAAAACGCGGAUGAAGAAGGGGGAACGUGACCAUUUUGGCAUUUUCCAGGCCCAACUUCAGCUUCGCCUUCUAUGUAACCACGGCACGUUCCAGAUACCUUUCACAAUUCGACAUUCUCGAGACAGAAAAGUAGAGCGAGAAGACUUCCUAUAUUCUCUCGGCACAAACGCCGAGAUCACCUGCUCAGUCUGUGGUAUUCCAAUCCCCGUCUUCGAUGUAGUUGGAGGUUCUAGCCAGGACCAUCCUUGCAAGCAUAAACUUUGCCAAGAAUGUCUUUCACGGAAUGGACAAGACACAGAAUUAAGAGGCAGCACUACUAUGUCAGCAUGUCCUUUAUGUCGCAAGGUCCUAGAAGAUAGACCUCCGCUCGAGGGCCAAGAAUCAUUGGAGGAAGUAGGGAGCAAUCACGACGGUUACUUUAAUCUAACAGGGUUUUCAUCAAAGAUACAGGCGCUCAUGGAUGAUCUAGCAGAAAACUCCAGCAGUGCGAAGAGUAUCAUAUUCUCUGGCUGGACUAGGACCCUGGACUUGGUAUCCGUCCAUCUCGGAAAGAGACACAUACGUUUCCAACGCAUAGACGGCGAUCAAUCUCUCUCACAACGCCAGUACAAUAUGGAUAGAUUCAUCCAAGACACAGAUACCCCUAUUCUCUUAAUGAGCACGGGAGUAGGAGCUUUGGGUCUCAACUUGACGGUGGCGAACCAUGUCUACAUCCUUGAACCCCAGUGGAAUCCGAGCGUGGAGAGCCAGGCGAUUGGCCGCGUGUCCAGAUUAGGUCAAAACAAGCCCGUUCUAGUAACCCGGUACAUCGUUCGAGGGACAGUUGAAGUCAGCAUGCAAUCGCAACAGAUUCGGAAAGUAGACCUUGCAAAGGUUGGAUUCCAAAACGGCGAUUCAGAAACUCCCUAAUGCGCAGUGAAGGAUGGAGUUCUAGACCUCAAAAGUUCAACGCAAGGUGCAUUUCCAGAUCAAAAUUGCACACAAUUCUAUUUAGGUAGAUCUAGGAGGUGAUUUAUUUGAUAAGCCAAUUUUCAAGAGACUCUGAAGUCCCUAGGUAUUUAUGUAGUGGCCUAGUUGAAACUAGGUAUAGGGGUUGAUGAAUAGCUUAAUAUCUAUUUCUAGUUGAACCCAGCUUAUAAAUUACGCUGGGAUAUAAGUAAGGAAGUUGCUUACAUUAUUUAAGAAUUUAGUGUCCAAUCC